UUCACGCAUCAUCCCACUCUUGACUGUCUCUUCGUCAAUUCGUGGCAGUCUGUGGCAGUCUCCCCGUGCCGGUCGAUCAUCCACUGGAACGGGUCUUCUUCGAGUUCUUCUCCAAUCCCGUUUUGAGCGUUCUCCAUCUCAUUGCGUCCUUGAUCCGUGGUCAUUGACGAUGUCGACCAAGACCAUGACUACCCUCGAUGUCUCGUACAUUUUGAACGGGAGACAACCAGGGAUGGGACAGUCCUCAUCCAUGGCAUCCCGAGGAAUCACUCGUCAAAAUUUGAUGAAAUGGCGACUGUCCGAAAAGAACAAAGUUCAGUUGUUUGGAGUGACAUGUCUUGGGAUCUUCACCUAUCUAGCAUGGCAGCUCUUGUUUGGAAUCACACCAACAUAUCUGUUAUACUUCUGCCGAGUUUCAGUCCUGAUCGGUGCGGCUCUCGGAGUAGCCAUUUCAACUCACAUCUCACUCUAUCUGGCGCCACACUGCACUCCCGCACACAUCAUGAUCAUCCAGUACAUCUUCUUCCAAAUACAAACUCUCAUCGGGACCUACUUCCUUAGGAAACUGGGACGCGACAGCGCUAGAUGUCAGCAAAGCCAGGAGAACUUCCUCAUGAACCAGUUGAGGAUUCGAUCCCAUUCUCAGUACGGGAGGGACUUCGACUUCGGAACAAUCAAAUCAGUGGCAGAGUUCAGAGAGAGGCAUCCUUUGACAAGAUACUCGCAUUACGCCAAGUACAUGGACCGGGUUGCUGCAGGGGAAUCCGACAUUGUCAUACCUGGUUUCCCAUCAAGGUUAGGUAUUACUUCCGGUACGACUGGAAAACCUAAACUGAUAGCCAUUUCAAAGGAAAGGAACGUUGCUUUUCUCUUCAAGAUCAUGCCCAUGGUCUUUCAUUUCGUUAAAGUGCAAUAUACGCCAGCGUUGACACCGUUACAGAAGAAAUGCUUGCUCUAUGUCCAUACUGACCCUCUAAAAUCUCCCGGAGGACUUUCUAUCUGCCCAACAUCUAUGCUUUCCCUUCCUGACAUUCUUCAUCGGAUUCAGUUCAGUACUCCACCGGCAGGGAUGCGACUGACGAACGAACGAUGCGCGCUCUACAUACAUGCCCUCUUUGGACUUAGGGACCGUUGCCUUGGUAACCUCGGCACCAUAUUUUGCUCCACAAUGUUCACGUUCUUCCAGCUGCUCGAAAAUGAUUGGCCCAGCCUGGUCAAUGACCUCCGACACGGACAAAUCGCCAAGCACAUUCAGUUGGAGGACAGUGUCCGAGCAGCGUUAGAAGCAGAGCUCCAACCCGAGCCGGAGAGAGCGGAUGAGGUGGAGAAGGAGUUCUUGAAAGGUUUCGAUUGCAUUGCCCGUCGUCUUUGGCCACAUCUUCAAGCGAUAUUUGCUGUCUCAUCUGGAGCAAUGGUAGUCUAUGCUCGAAGACUCAAAGAUAAGUACACCAAAGGUCUACCGAUUAUAUCAAGUGUAUACAGCUCAACUGAAGGCACAGUGGCUAUGCUACAUGAUGUCAAAGGACUAGACUCGAAAUACAUCAUGCUACCAUCAGAAGUAUUCUGUGAAUUCAUCCCCAUAGAAAAUAGUCAUGAAGACCAGCCACAAACCUUGUUAGCCGAGGAGGUGAAAGCCGGACAGUGCUACGAACUCGCCCUCACAACCGUCGACGCGCUCUACCGAUAUCGAAUGGGCGACGUCGUGAAAAUCGCUGGCUUCCACAAUAAGACGCCGCUGCUCGAGUUCCAAUACAGGACGGGAGAGGUAUUGAAUGUGAGAUCAGAAAAGACACCCGAAGCCUCGGUAGCCGGCGCCAUUACGGCUACCAUGGAAGAAUGGAAAGGAUUGACGCUCAGCUUGGUGGAUUUCACGGCUACAGAAAGCCCUUUGUACGAAGAAGCAAUGGGUAUCAAAGACUGGAGUCCGUGUGGAUACUACUUGAUUUUCGUUGAACUCGUCGAACCAUUCGCGACGUUCGGGAAAGACCUCAAACAAAGAGAAAAGGUAAGCGAUUGCGCCCUGAAUACAUUUGCUUUAUAAAAAUGACGUUAUGUUCGGAAUAUGUGAACUGAUAAUCAAGGAUUAGCAGGAUCCGUGUACUGUAGUAAACAAACAUUUUUUUGGGGGGAAUGCAUGCAAGUCAUAAAUGUGUCUAUGAAAUGGAGUAUACGAGCAUGAAUGAAUUCAUGAGGAAAAAAAUAACGAGUAGAUGAACGUUACGAUGGUGAUGAAAAAACGCAGUGCCAGUAGUGUCUGUGGAAAUGGUAAAGUUUUUUAAAGGUCAUGGAAAGGUCUCAAACAAACAAAAUACAUGUAUAAUCAUUGGCGGGAGUUCGAUAUUGUAGAAGUCUGUCUCUAUAGGAAUUAUGUAUUUUGAUUUGAUGAUGAUAAAACAAUAUUGCAUGAUUUAUAGCUGGAGGAAAAAAUAUAAUGAACAAGCUACAUAAAACUAGUUUGUAAUUUCCUUAUUUAUUCGGAGUAUCAUAUUAUCAUCUUGUUAUAAUAAUAACUCUUUUUCUCAACAAAUACGAUUGCAAACAUCGCCUCAAAGGUAAUUUCAAUACCCUUUUGUAUAUUCCAUAUAGUUAUGUUCGGGUUUAUUACUUUAUAAUGCGUCACUGUAGGGGCAGACCGAAAGUUCCAAUUUGUUAGUUGGCUAUAUAAUGACACGACUUGGGCAGAUUUUUCUCGAGUCUCUGGGAUCGUGUUUAAUAACGUUAUCCUGCAGUUAUGAACAUAUCAUUCAUCCAUUUUUUUCCUUGUGAUUUUCUCGUAUCCACAGUUCGCGGGCGCGUUGGAAGCCAACCUCUGUCUCAAGGCCCAUCGCUACAACCACUACCGUAACAUCAACGCUAUCGCUCCCCUACGACUCGUCUUCCUGGAGUCCGGCGCCAUCGACGAGCUCCGUCAUUACAUCCUGGAUCAUUCAUCGGCUACGAGUCAACAGCUCAAGCUCCCGCACAAACUGCGCAAGACAGAGUGGAUCCGUUUGUUAUGCAAUCGCAAACUUUAACCAGGGAUAUGAGAAAUAGUUUAUCUGCAGGUACAGGGGCGGAUUGGGACCGACAAUUGAUCCGGAAUUCCGUUAUGACGGGUCCACUCAAGUAUAAGCUUUUGAUAAGUCGGCCGGCAGUCGAGUCCAAAUAUCGAGCCUUCUGUGGGGAUAACUCCCCUAGCUCCCCAAGGCCAGUCCCCCCUGCCUAUUAUAUCAAAAUAUUUUUGAAAGGUUACAUUCAAUCAUCGACUGACUAAAAAAUUGUAAAUAAUAAUGAUAAUAAUGAUAAUAAUAAUCUGUGUUUAUAUAGCGCUCAACACAGAAUACCUUCUCUAAACAAGGCGCCGUGACGUAAAUGGCGAAUGUACAGAUCUAUCUACACAGUGUAACGAACUUUUCUCCUCCCAUCAAUGAUGGGCAAACUUUCAUCACGUGAUUUACUUUUGACCAAUCGUAGAGCAAGAUUCUUAGUAUGUGGAAUAUAAUCUCUCUACUGAAUAAGUGCCUUACAUUUUAGUGCUAGCUCUGCACAAAUUUGACGCCAAGCAAUAUUACAUUUCCGAAGAGCUGAUCGAUAUGUCUUCCAUUAAUUUAUUUCCUAACCAUCAAAAAGGGUAAAUAUAACAUCAUAGUACAUGUAUUUGAUUUUUUAGAAGUUACAACUCUUCCCACAUCAAUAUAAAGUAAAUUUCACAUUUAUGGAAAUAUAUUGGCAUGUGUCAAGUAUAUCAUUCAUCUCUAAAAUUAAUAUUUAUUAGAUUAACACAGAUAUUUAAUAAAUGAAUAUCUGUUUUUGUAAUAAAUAAAAUAAGAGAGUGUUUUUUAACGUAACCAAAGAUAGGAAUCAAUCCUUCAAUAUAGGAACAUUUGGCAGGUAUGAUACAGUAAUCAUGUCAAAGUGAAAUUUCCAUUUGAAAGUAAUAAUUAUUAUUAUUAAGUGAUUGAUUCUGUUUUUGUUGCUUUUGUUAGAAGGUGCACUUCAGUUCGAUUAUAUCAAAUUUGUUUUAUAAGAUUGCCAUAAUGAAAGUAACUAAUUAAUAUGUUUGGGGUCAGAAAGAGGAAGGCAUUAACUCAUCUCACCCAUAGUUAACACCCUCCUGGCACUAAAGUGAUAUGACCAUACUUUUGAUAAAAAGUAGUAUUCAACAGUUCACCUUGAUAUCAUCAAAUACUUCAACACAGCUGUUUAUUUGUUAUAUUUCUUUCUGUAAAAUAUUCUUUCUCUACUGCAUGCUACCCUGUAUGAUGUGAAACAUUAUUAUAUUUGCAUGUCAUUAGGAUUGAGAAGAAUAUAUUUGUUCUUCCCAUAAAUAAAAUAUAGUGUCUGACAAAAUGUGUAUCUAAUAUCCAUAUUAAAAUCAGAUUAUGGAAAAUGUAAUUAUCUGUUAAAAAGAAAUGAUUAAGUGUCAUGAUUGCCAUCUAAAGAAAAAUCUCAUAUUUUAUCAACUACAACGAUUUUUGUCAACAUUAAAUGCAUGUUUUAACCUAUA